AUGAGCGAACAAGGAGAACUAUCUGAAGAGAUUUCUGAAGAAUUUCUCUAUGAAAAUGAAUGGCUUAAAGAAGAGAAUUUGCUGGGAUGUGGUGCUUAUGGAGCUGUGUAUCAAGUGCCAAAUUGGAACCCUCCUCUAGCCGUGAAAAUGUUCACCGGAGAUUUGAAAAGAAUGCGCAAGUUGAUUCGUAACGAGCUUUCCACUUUGCAACAUCUCAAGCACAAGCUAGUCGUCAAAUAUCUGGGAUUUAUAAGUCGAGAUUGUGGUGCUCGGAAAGAAAUCAUUGGAAUAGUCAUGCAAAUGGUCGAAAGGAAAUCACUAGCCGAUAUCAUUUUCAAUCCAAAAUUCACGUACUCUGUCUACACGGUGGCUGUCUGGAUGGAACAACUUUUUCUGGUGCUAGAUUAUCUCGAUCAUGAAGGGAAAAUGCAUCGAGAUAUUAAACCUGAGAAUAUCUUGGUUGACCAGUUCUUUUAUCUGAUUUUGGGCGAUUUCGGGAUGGCAAAGGCUAAAGCGAGUGUUUCGGGAUCAUUUGUGGGCACCGAGCGGUACACAUGCCCGGAAAUUCUAUUCAGCGAAAAGACUAGCAAAGAAGAAAAUUCUAAAGCCGACGUUUACUCAAUGGGCAUUGUUUGUUGGGAGAUCAUCGAAAGAAGAAGAAUCCUCAAUCAGUACAAAAGAUACUAUGGUUUUGAACGGACAGCUUUCGCCAACGAUUUCAAAAAGGGCGGCAACUUGGUGGAAAUCGAAGAGCUAACAGCCAGGAAACACUUUCGAGAUCAUAUUUAUUUUUGCACACAACUUUUGCCCAAAAGUCGCUACGACUCAGCAAAGGCGUUGGAGAGUGCAACGAGGAUCAAGAGGUUUCUCGAGCUAGAUAUGGAAUUCGAGUUUAUUCCUGAGCUAAAUGAGCAUCAAACCACUAUUCUUCCGCCAAAGGGAAUCGUCGCAAAGCAUGAACCUUUUGUUGUGAAAAAAACCGAUGAGGACAAUCUUUGCAAUUUUGAUUCGAUUUCAAUAUCGGUACAGGAGAAAGACUUGGGAAAGUUAGCCGAAGGGGAUGACAAAUCCGAUGAAGAAGAAUCAUCUUUAGAAAAUGAAAAACUUGAAGCAACGGAUGAUGUACUUGCGUCAGAAGUCUCAACUGAUAUUAGCUCACUGGAAAAUAAUGGACAAGUGACUUCAAAUGAAACAGAGGACCAGCCAAUCGAAGAUCCAGAAAAUCUCCCAAAAAAUGAAAACAUGUACACAUAUGAGUGGCAGAUUAGCCUACCCUUUGGCAACGUUGAUGCUAAAUUUGUCGAAAAGACGAAAGAAGGAGAAAUCAUUAAAGAGACAUCACUUACAAACUUCUCUACUCCAAAAUCGAUCGGUAUUACUAAAAAAUUCGAUGAAGGACCUGUUUGGGAUAAACGAAUGAUUUUGAGUGAUGCUCAAAGUUAUUUGAAAAGAAUAUUAGCAAAGGAAGCAGCAGCUUAUGUUAGUAUUUACAAACAAAUCGAGCUCUGGGAAGCGUUUGGUGAAUUUCAUCAAUCAUUUCUCGAAUUUCAACACCUUGACUUUGACAGUUUCGAAGCGACAAAAGCUAACAACGCAUUCUUGCCAAAGCUUUCCUGUUUCACCACAAAUUUAGGGGGCGAGUUUCUCCUCUUUGACACCACAAGAACGAGCAAUGAUUUGUACACGUUUGUGCCUAGAAAUGAUCUCGGUAACCCAAAAGCUAUUGUUGGGCAAUGGAUUGAUGAGAUGCAUUUUGUUGUGAGAGAAGGGGAGCCAAUGGCAAAUGGAAUUGAAUGGUUUCGAUUCGAAUCUUUUGAAGAAACGAUCACUAGGGGACACAUGUUUGAGGCCAUGCAAAGGCUCUGGGGUCUGGCGACAAAACUCAAAGAGACGAUUUCAAAAAGCGAUGGUCAAGAUCUUCCAGUAAAAGGCUAUGUGUUUCAGUUGAGAUACCCUCCAAUGGACACUUGUAACUGUGAAAUAAAAUGCCCGCUUCAGUUCUCAGAUAAAAAGCGUUUCAAAAGGCUGAAACGAUUCAAUGUUCCUUGCAAUCAACCAUAUCAAGACUACACUGCUCUCUAUUUCGAAUUUUGUCUCUUUUUAGCAAGAGUUCAACGUCUCGACACUGUUAACGAUCUAAUCUUAGUGAUUAGUAGAUUUAUUUGGUUGAAAUACUUUGUCAACGUUGGUUCGUGCUCUUGCCCAAAAUACUUUUUAUUUUGUCAAUUCAAGGCCCCUGAAAAGCAGAAUCUUCUCGUCCUUGAGUGUAUCGGAACGAUGAGAGCCUUGAAAAACGAGCUGCUGAGAAUACCUUGUAUGGAUGAGCAUUUGUCCAUACAUCCAAUUUACAACAUCGAACAAGAGGAAAUCGAUUUCGUGAAUCUUCGUCGAAUCGACCUUAAAGAUUACCUAACCGAAGAGUUACUCGAAAAAAUCGUCAACAAAUUCCUAGCCAAGUACUUAGAAAGUGAUGAGAUUUGUGAGUUCUUGACUGUUCUCGAAGUUGAGAAAAAUGAUUUUCUGAUUGCAGUGCCAGGCAUUAGAGAAAUCAUAUCAAUGGCUUACAACUAUGACUUUUCUCACGAUGCAACAGAUGAGCUAAAAAAUGAAAUAAUUGAAGAGAAUCGAUUUAUGGAUAGGCUUGGGAGUGCUCUUUUGAAACAAUUCAUUGCAAAAGUGAUAAAAGAUGAUGAUCCAUUGAUUAAAUCGAAAACGGAUUCUCUCCAUGAAAUGCUUCGACUACAGCAGAAGCUAGAGUAUUUAUUUGCGCAGGAAAACAUCAUUGUC